ACGUACGUAUGCGGGGAUUCGUCUCUGUUGUUCUUUUCUGUCGGUACUCCUUUUUGACUUUGUUCUUCUUUUUUUCUUCUCUCACAUUUCAUUCUUUCUUCUAUUAUUUUUUCUGUAACUUUGUUGUGUCUUGCUUCCCGUGUCUGUCGCCAACCCAAGCCUUCAUCUUCAGCUUCAUUCGCACAACUGCAUUACUCUCUACAAGUCAGUAAAAACAACUCCUUCAGAUCAGUCACCAUGAUCAUCACUCGCGCCCUCUCCAUCACCAACUUUGUCAUCGCUGGCUCGGCACUCAGCUUCCAGGUGGGUGUCCUGUACCCAUGGCACAAGCAGCUUGACGAUGGCUUCGAGGAGCUCAAGAAGGAGCAUUUGCGCGUCCUGCAAGCCGUCGAAUCGAAAGUACAGCAAACACGAGACACCGCCGUUCUCGAGGAGAGCCGUAACAGCGUUCGCGGCUUGCUCGGCAACCUUGCCGCAUGGAAGGCUUGAGCGUGGCGCAUCGUAGCAACAAGACACAACAAAAUACCCAGCACAAAGCAAUUGAAAACCACAUAUACACGGAAGAAGAGACAACACUAGCGGCGUCUUUUUGAAUUCGACAACGACCAAAUUUCCUACUACUCAUGGCGUUUCUCCCACGUUGUUUUCUCGGCGUUCAAAUCCUCGGCCCGGGUGGGGCCGGCAACGGUCACGAUCCGGGUGGUCACGUGUAUCCCUGAACCCCCUCUUCCGGAUUUCAACGGUUUCACCCGAUCGGGAGUUUCCUUCGGUACCAUUACCUUAGACGGGCGCACGGGAAUAAUCAGUCAGUUACGCCACGGGAAAGACAUUCGCAUUUGAUCUGCUUAGACUAUUUAUAGCUCGCAUUUAGUUUAUGGUGUUUGCUAAAUGAUACUCUUUUUUUUUUUUUUCUAGA